UAGCCGCGCCCCCCUAUGGCAAUUUCUACCUCGCUUUUGUUUGCACAUAUUCUCGUAUCCAAGAAAUCUCGACAGCGUAUUAGUUAUCUCGGAGAUACAUCUGAAAUCUUCAUUUAAGGAAGAUUUCACUGCUUGAUAGGGGCAAAAUUUCCUUUUCUGAAAACUAGCGAGUCUGAGAAAAUUUCGUCACAGUUGCGAAGAGACAAAAUGGCCAGUCGCAAAACGAGAAAAACUCAAAAGCGAGCCCAAAGAGCAACCUCUAAUGUGUUCGCCAUGUUUGACCAAACUCAAAUCCAAGAGUUCAAGGAAGCGUUCAAUAUGAUCGAUCAAAAUCACGAUGGAUUUGUGGACAAGGAAGAUCUACACGACAUGUUGGCUUCCCUGGGUAAAGACCCCACUGACAAGUUCUUGGAAGAUAUGAUCAACGAGUCUCCAGGGCCCAUUAACUUUACCAUGUUUUUAACUUUGUUCGGGGAGAAGUUAAACGGCACUGAUCCAGAGGAUGUUAUUCGUAACGCUUUUACUUGCUUCGAUGAAGAAGGCGGGGGUAAAAUACAUGAAGAUGUACUUAAAGAGGCUAUGAUGACGAUGGGAGAUCGGUUUUCCGAAGAGCAAGUAGAUGAUAUUCUUCGAGACGCUCCCAUCGACAAGGAAGGCUAUUUGGAUUACAACACGUUUACACGUAUCCUCAAGCAUGGCAAGAAAGAUGACAAUGACUAAACACGGUUAAAAAUACAGGUUUUUACAGUAUUUGAGUGGAAAUUUAUUUGAAUGUAAAUCUGGACUAUUGUACAGCACCUGGGUACUAAUCAGUUGAGAACCAUCGUUUUUUUUCAUUCUUUUUCUAGCCCAUUUCUCAACAGCAUCUUAUAACUUUUUAUAGAAAAAGAGUUUGUUUUUAGCAUUCUAAUUUUCUAAUGCCUCUAGCCUAAUGAGCUAUUAGCAAAAGCUGAAUCAACGUUAACCUUCGCUUUAUUUUCUUUAAGGUCUAUAAACAGGUAUAAGGUAUUGGAAUCACACUAACUGCCUAAUAAUCUGCUUUCAAUUUACAGACAAAUAUUCAAUUUAGCCUAAUUUAUGCUAAUUGUUUAAACGUUUAAAAAAAUUUACAUUUCACCAUCUUAAGUAACUAUAGAAAUUGCCUUAUAAAUAUACUAUUACAACUGGAAUAAAAGUUAAGAUAAAUUACGUCAAAAAUAAGCAAGGGGUGUCAUAGGUAGGAAUAUACGCACCAAAAAUAUAUUGUGAACUAAAUUUU